GCUGUGCAGUGCCGCCUGCUGGCUGUCGUGAGAAGGAGCGCGGCACACGCAGGGAGCGACCGGUAGAGGUGGAGACUGCAGCGUCCGACCAGCCGCUAACCCGCGCGGUGUCUCCCCGACAAAAGACAACAGUAACAACUAACAGUCGUCGCCGGCGCCUCUCCAGUCCGCCCGGGUGUCGCGUCUCCAGCCGUCUCCCGUGACGUCCCCGUCCGCCGUCCGGUGCGCAGCCAUGGCUCGUCUGCUCUCCGCGGCUCUGCUAGCGGUAGUCCUCCAGCUGGCGGCCACCAUCAACCCGGGCACGGAGCUGGUGGUGCACUACUGCUGUCCGGACCUGGCGCUCUUCAACACCACCUCUGGAACGUGUGACACGCGCCAGACAGACGCCGAGUGGCUGCCGCCGUGGACGCACCGCAACGGCAGCCGCAUGGCCAUCGGGCCCGGCACCGUGUACACUCUCAUCAUGGGCUACCCGAGCUGUGCCGCCUUCCUGUACCGGCCCGACAAGUCGCCGCUGGAGGACGACUUCCUGGCGCUGCCGUCGGGCGACCUCUACUUCCCCUACUACAACGCCACGGUACCGGCCGAUGAGUCGUGCAUCGUCGAGGUGGCAGGAGCCCCGAACCGGCUCCACUUUGCCGUGGUGUGCAUGGACAGCAUCAAGCUGCCGGGACCGAAGCGCGAGGGCGCCACGUCGCACCAGCACAUCCGUAGCUGGCUCUACCCGAGCACCAUGGUCAUCAGCCAGGUGUGUAUCGUGCUGACCCUCAUCACCUACUGGCUGCUGCCCGAGCUGCGUGACCUCCAGGGCAAGACCAUCAUCGGAGUGCUGGUGGCGCUGUUCUUCGCCUACCUCAUGUUCAUGAUCGUCAACGGCGCCAGCUCCAGCCUCGGCUCUGGAUUGUGCCUAGGAUUCGGCCUGUUCUUGCAUUACUGGAUGCUGGCGUCCUUCUUCUGGCUUAGUGUCGUCUCUCUCACCGUCUACUAUACCACCAGGCGGUGGGGCAGUCUGACCGAGCAGGAGGAGCGUCGCUGGUUCAUCUACCUCAGCGUGUUCGGCUGGUGCGCCCCGCUCGUCUUCACCCUGGCCGCCAUCAUCGUCGACUUCAGUCCGAGCACCUCCGAGUACCUGAUCCGGCCGCACAUUGCCAGCCGGUCCUGCUGGUUCGGCAACCGUAACGCUGAGCUGGCCUACUUCUUCGGGCCGAUCACGGUGCUGCUCGUGGCCAACGUCGUCCUCUUCAUCAUGAGCGCCUUCAACAUCUACAAGACCAUGGGCGGCGCCCAGAAACUGGACGCCGACGGCGAGCACAAGGGAAAGAACAGGCUCAUCAUGUGUUUCAAGCUGUUCUUCGUCAUGGGCAUCACCUGGGUGUUCGAGGUUCUCCAGUUCUUCAUCAACCAGAACGAGAGCUAUUGGAUCAUCUUCGACAUGAUCAACAUGCUGCAGGGAUUAUUCAUCUUCAUCGCGGUCGUGCUGAGUGAGAAACGUGUGCGUCAGAAGCUGACCGAAAAGCUGGGCGAGCUGGGCUGCUGGCGCCGCACCAAGGCCACUGAAAUCACGCGCCUCGACGAGGAGGUUGGCCAGAACAGGCCCAAGGGCGAGGAGGUGUUCUAGGCCGAUACAGGGGGACGAUAGGCCGCCAAAAAACUCGGAGGAAAGAGGAACCACCGGCUACAUCGUAAGAUAACUGGGUGCCCAGCGCCCGCUGUACUGAAGACCGUUUCAUACCAGACUGCCCUCUUGGAGACUCCGAUAGAAGUUGCGACUGUUGCGACAUCUAUUUAAAGCUGGAGUUCGCGACGUUGCCGCCAGUUGUGCCUUUUGAUACCGUUGAUUCUGCGGCGUAGGAGCACUGGUUUACGGAAAGCGGUGCAUUUCGGGACAUUUUUUUAAUCAGAGCGUUACGAGCUCGUUCUUCACCAUGUCACCGAUGGACAUCCGGUGUUGCGAAUGUCAUCUAGCCAGAGAGCAGUUAUUACCCACAAUGUUAUUGCCGGACUGACGGGCCCGAAAAAGCAGGCUGGACCGACCAGGAGCACAGUUCUAUAAGAUGGGAUGCCUUCUCAACAAAGACAGAAGUUAGCACAUUAUGCUAUGCUUUUAAAGUCUUCGUUUUCUUGCUUGUGAACGAAAAUAAGUGCUUCAUAUGCUAAUCGAGACAGUAAGCCACUUUCACUUGCUAAUCCUUCACACUGGCGUUGGUGUGCGAUUAAAAUGGUGUAUUAAGUAUGGGUAUCGAUUCGUAAAUGACAUGAGCAGAAAUUUCACAAUCAUUUUUUGACGAAAGGAGAUGAUUUGCGAUCGACGUGCGCGACCUGUCAGUAAACUAUGAGUGAUGUAUGGCUGGGAAGGAUGUUUUUUGAUGGUUAGUUUUACUGGAGUGAGAGCCAGUAAUUGAUUGGCGAUGUGAUUAUUCGGCGUAGCUCGGUUGGCAAACGGCCUCCUUGACAUAUAGGUGAUAUUCCAGUGCUAUGAAGCGUCGUGCGUUCUAGCUGGUGUGUGUCAAGAUCUGUUAUUUUGUGUAUGCAGUGCGCAUUUCGUUGUAAAUAUGGUUCUAUUGUCUGUUUGAAAGUGUUUCCGUCUGCAGAUAAUUGCGGUUUAAUUAUUUCAUGAUGUUGUUUGCAGUGCAAAUACGACUGUAGUGAAAACGUA